ACACAAACACUUCAAAAUUCCGUCGAUAGACAUGGAAGUUAACUGAGUUUCAGGACGUCUGUGGUGAAUAUUCUUACACAGAACUGUAUGGUUAAUGUAUAUGUUUAUAAAUAAGUCGUCAUACGUUAUCCCUUUCCCGCCACAUACACAUUUCGCAUUUUGUGCGUUUUUGUCGAACUAGGUAGUUAAAUGGCUACCUAGUAUGGUACUCCACCAUAGAUUCAGUGACUAUUUAGUUUGACCAUUGCUUAGUCGAAACUAAGCGUUCAGGUAUUACAUUAGCCAAAGCCUUCGUCAGUGAAAUAGCUAUGGAAGUCGUGUAUGUCUGCGAGUGGGAGAAGAGACCCAAAAGCAACCAUAGCCCCUCCAUCUCGUUGGUGUGUGCAUGGUCCUGCAGGAACAUCAUCGCCUUUACAACGGACCUUAAAAAUGAAGAUGACGACAAAGAUCUCAGUCACAUGAUCCAUAUCAUUGACACUGAACAUCCCUGGGAUGUCUAUUCCAUCAAUAGCGGUCAUACAGAAGUUAUCUCAUGCUUAGAAUGGGAUCAGUCAGGAUCCAGGCUACUUUCUGCCGAUGGAGAUGGACAGAUCAAGUGCUGGGCAAUGACCGAGCACCUUGUGAACAGCUGGGAGAGUACUCAAGGCAGCUCUGUUGAGGGAGACCCUAUUGUGGCUCUCUCAUGGCUGCAUAAUGGAGUCAAGCUUGCACUGCAUGUGGAGAAGUCUGGCUCAACCAACUUCGGUGAGAAGUUCUCCCGGGUGAAGUUCUCUCCGUCGCUCACGCUGUUCGGCGGCAAGCCCAUGGAGGGCUGGCUGGCAGUGACGGUGAGCGGCCUGGUGACGGUGUCCCUGCUGAAGCCGAGUGGUGCGCUGCUGUCAGCCAGCGAGAGCCUGUGCCGGCUGCGUGGACGCGUGGCCCUCGCCGACAUCGCCUUCACGGGUGGUGGCAACAUCGUGGUGGCUGCCACUGAUGGCAGCAGCUCCUCCCCCGUACAGUUCUACAAGGUGUGCGUGAGCGUGGUGAACGAGAAGUGCCGCAUUGACACUGAGCUGCUGCCCUCGCUCUUCAUGCGCUGCACCACCGACCCGGUGCGUCGAGACAAGUACCCGGCCGUCACACACCUCAAGUUCCUCACUCGUGAGAACUCUGAACAGGUGCUUCUAUGCGCGUCCAGUCAGAUGGGCAGCAUUGUAGAGUGCUGGUCAUUACGAAAGGAGGGACUACCAGUCAAUAACAUAUUUCAGCAUCGCUCCCCUGUUGUGGGAGAGAAGCAGCCGAUGAUUCUUAAGUGGCGAAUCCUCUCGGCCACUAACGACCUGGACCGCGUCUCUGCCUUGGCUCUGCCCAAGCUGCCCAUCUCGAUCUCGAACACAGACCUUAAAGUUGCCUCCGACACAAAGUUCUGUCCUGGCCUUGGUCUCGCUCUGGCGUUCCACGAUGGCAGUAUUCAGAUAUUGCACCGCCUCUCCCUCCACACCAUGGGGGUCUUCUAUGGGACCUCUGGCUCCUCCCAGCGUGUAGGGGAUGAGCCGACCAUCAAACGGCAGAGAGCUGGCGGCCCCACUGUGCACUUCAGAGCCUUGCAGUUUUCCUGGACCUCUCUGGCUCUGGUCGGCGUAGACAACCAUGGCAAGCUGCACAUGAUCCGAGUCUCUCCCUCCAUGGGCCAGAUAUUAGACAUGAACACUUUGCUCCGCCACCUUCUGUUCCUGCUGGAGUACUGCAUGGUUACAGGCUACGACUGGUGGGAUGUGCUGCUGCAUGUCCAGCCUGGUAUGGUGCAUAACCUGGUGGAGAAGCUGCAUGAAGAGUACAUGAGGCAGAACCAAGCUUUGCAGCAGGUGCUGGCCACCCGCAUUGUAGCUGUGAAGGCCUCUCUGUGCAAGCUGUCUUCGGCCACAGCGGCCCGGGCCUGUGACUUCCACGCCAAACUGCUGCUCAUAGCCAUCAGCUCUACGCUCAAAUCUCUGCUGAGGCCUCAUGUGCUCAACACGCCCGACAAGAGCCCUGGAGAUCGGCUAGCGGAGAUCUGCGCCAAGAACACAGACGCUGACAUUGACAAGGUGAUGAUCAACCUGAAGACGGAGGAGUUUGUUCUGGAUGGACCCCCACUGCAGUCUCUCCAGCAGCUCAUCCAGUGGGUGGGCGACUUCGUGCUGUACCUGCUCGCCAACCUGCCUAACCAGGGCUCCAUUGUGCGUCCAGGCUUCGGCUUCCUUCGCGACGGGUCCUCGCUGGGCAUGCUGCGGGAGAUGAUGGUGAUGAUCCGAAUCUGGGGCCUGCUGAAGCCGGGCUGCCUGCCCAUCUACACGGCUACGUCAGACAACCAGGACAGCAUGUCUCUGCUGUUCCGCCUCCUCACCAAGCUCUGGCUCUGCUCGCGAGACGAGGGCCACCCCCAGGAGCCGGACGAGACGCUGCUGGACGAGUGCUGCCUGCUGCCCAGCCAGCUGCUGGUACCCAGCAUGGACUGGCUGCCCAUCAACGACGGUGUCAUCACCAAAAUCCAGACCAAGCAUCAACUGCGUUUGCAGUUCGGCAAACCCUACACACUGCCGGGACUCAACCCCAACGGCCAGGUGGAGCUCUUCUCCAGGAGUCCAGCAUCCCAGAGGAUGGACAAUCUCCGCUGCUUACACAUGGGCAUCUGUCCCACAGAGGACAGCAAAGCCUGUACCAGGUGUGGCUGUGUUACGAUGCUGCGCUCCCCAAAUAAGACCAACGCUAUGAAACAGUGGGAGCAGCGCUGGAUCAAGAACUGUCUGUGUGGAGGUCUCUGGAGGAAGAUCCCCAACUCACUGCCAUAAGAUGGUCUCAACUGGCAGCAGGCCCAUAACGAGGAGGGGGUGAAGAUGUGCGUCAUGUGCUACUGUCCUGCAUUUGUGGGCUACGUGACUUAGUGGGGUGGUUAGCGUUGCCAUACCAUUACAAGUCAAAGGAACUGACUGUAUGUGUUCUCACUGCCGAGGCGUUUAAAUCCCUAAUCAGGCAGCUUCAGUGAAAUGUUUGUUUAAAUAAUGAGUAAUGGUUUAAUAAUGUACUGUUUUAACUAUCUGUAAAUAUUACCCAUUACUUUUUCAAAAAAAUUUUUUUUAUAAUAUUUUAAUUUUCAAUAAACUCAG